UAGUUUGCCACUCGGCGCUCAGCAGCGACAAGUACAGUUUUGUGAUUCCAGCUUUCUCGCAUUCGCCAAAAUGUCCCAAAAGGAGUUUGCAGAUACCAUCUUCACCGGAGGUAAUAUCUUCACGAUGGACGAUGCGAAGCCUGAAUGUGAGGCUGUGGCUGUCAAAGGCGCCACGAUCCUUGCUGUUGGACGCAAAGACGACGUCUUCAAGUUUUCUGGACCAAGCACAACAGUAAUUGAUCUCGAAGGCAAGACGAUGUUCCCCGGGUUUAUCGAGCCUCAUCAACAUGCAAUUAUGGCAGCACUUUUCAGUUGCCUUCCUAGCAUCAGUGGCUAUGAAUGCUUCUCCUAUGCCGAGGUCAAAGCUCGUAUCAUGAAAGGAAUAAACGCUGUUGAUCCAUCGCAGAGUCCGCUCGGUUGGGGUGUGACCUUUGGCUGGGACCCAGAGCUGAUUCGUGAUUUGCCAGCCUUGGACGCGAAGUUCAUCGCUAAGGAAUUCUCUGCAGACAUCCCUGUGUUGAUUAUAGCGCAGAACGGACACGCUGCUUGGUGCAACCUUAAAGCAUUUGAGGUGUCUGGAAUAGAUAGCUCUGUUCAGGAUAGCAGCGACGCCGUUUACGGCCACGAGGAAGACGGCUCACUGUCGGGGGAGGUCUGGGAGUCUGGCGCUAUUCUUAACUUGAUAUCACAUGUGCCUAAAUCCCCUGACGCCGACCCGACGAAACUUUUAAUAGACCAGUGGAAGGCGUAUGCAUCGUACGGCUUUACUACCGUCACUGAGCUCGGGUACACGCCCAACCCACCGGUCGAUGAGAUCGUGGUCAAGAUGUCCAAGAAUAAGGAUUGCCCCAUAAGACUUGGGUUGUACAAUCUGGUAGGGGAGAUAUCCGAUGUUGGUACGACCAAGCCGAUAGCAGAGCCGACUGAGAUGUUGUGGGAAGCUGGGAUCAAGCUCAUUGCCGACGGCUCGACGCAUUGUGGUACAGCGGGCUUAGUCGAUCCAUACUUGGACACUGAGAUGACUAAGAUAUUGUCGUUCCCCCCACCCCCCUCGAAUGGUCUCGUCCUUCACACACCCGAGAACUUGUACAAGAUCGUACGCUACUACCAUGAGAGAAACAUUCAAGUAGCUACGCAUGCGCACGGCGAUCGUACGUGCCAGGAAGUUGUAGACGCCUAUGAAAAGGUGAUGAAAGAUUGCAAGACUCCCACGGACGUGCGCCAUCGAAUUGAGCAUUGCGGGCUGAUGACACCAGAGCAGAUUGCGCGCGCAGCCAAGCUCAAUAUUGCGAUGUCCUUCUUUGUGGACCAUCUCUACUACUACGCGACAUCAUACACCAACGACAUCCUGGGGCCAGAGCGAACAAACCGCUGGACUCCUAUAUCCGUGGCUACAGAGCACGGGGCCAAGUGGACCAUCCACCAGGAUCACCCCACCUACCCCGGCCACGCCCGUCCCUUUGCAAACAUCAAGACUGCCGUGACCCGAACCCAGCGGGAUGACCCUAAGACUGUGUACGGAGAGGAGUAUAAGGCCACUCUUAACGAGGCUUUGAAGGCUUAUACCAUUAAUGCAGCGUGGCAGUUGAGAAAGGAGAAGGAAUUGGGAAGUCUUGAAGUUACCAAGAAAGCCGAUCUGCUCAUCAUAUCAGACAACCCGCAUAAGAUGGACCCAUUCAAGCUGGAGGAGAUUAAGGUGGUGGACACGUACAUAGGUGGGCGGAGCACCAAUCAGACGGCGAUGACAGAGAAAAACAAGCGAGGGAAGCAAGUCAAAGUGUAUGCUUGAACCCUUUACAGAGAAAUCAAGACGAACAUGGAAUUACUUACCAGCGCUGUUCAAUUAUAGUGUCACUUUUUAAAAUCUUUACAAAAGCUACUUAGAUGUUAAUAAGAUGGAUUUAUAAUAAAAUGGUGUGAUUCACA